AUGGCUGUCAGACCAAACGUCCUCAGCGCGUUGCGGCGCUUCACCUCCUGUGAUGUCGGCGACGCCCUCGUCAAGCUCGGAGUCUCUCAGGGCGGCUAUUUAUCCGGCCUCAAAAUGUACUCCCCGGAUUUCAUGUCACCCACAGCAAAGUUCCUUGGCCCGGCAUACACAGUGAAAAUGGUGCAUGCCUCGGACAAGGUUUCGCCAACGCCCAAGGUUCAUUUCGCCGAUGCCAUCCCCAAAGACAGCGUUGUUUUUGUGUCACAACCGAAAGGCUUGAUCAGUGCUUGUUGGGGAGGACUCAUGAGCACUCGGGCUCAGAAACGUGGUGCCGCCGGAGUUAUCAUUGAUGGCAAAUUUCGCGAUAUCAAUGAACACCGGGAGCUGGGAAUGACCCUGUUUGCGCGCGGCAUUAGCAUUCUGGGAUCCAACUCUUUCACUCGUUCUUCUGAAUUGGAUGUACCAGUUACCUACGAGAAUUCAGAGAAUGGGGGGCAGGUUGUUAUUAAUCCUGGUGAUUAUAUCCUUGGAGAUGCGGACGGGGUGGUUGUCGUUCCGCCUGAGAAGGCAGAAGAGUGCGUGCGCCUCUGCCAGGAACGCUUUGAUAUUGAUGAGGAGACACGGCGUUGCCUGGAACAGGGUGAUGAAAUAGGGAGCACUAUCAAGAGGCUGAGGAAAUAA